AUGAAUGAUGCGUUCAGGAAGGCUGUUGUCCAUGUCCCUAAGCUUUGGACACUCUCUGCCCCAUUGGAUGUUCGGAUAGACAACAAAUGUUUAAGGUGCCAUUCCACUGAAGAGAGGAUUGAGUUUUCCGGAUUUUCAUCGUUGCAGCAGCAGCGGAGAUGGGGAUGGGACGACGCUCUCUGGGGGGUUGCGGGGGAGGGGGCUGGGAUAAAGUGUUUUGGGGAGAGAGAUGGCGCGGGGGAUGCUGUGUUGGAUAAAAAAGGGGAUGAUGGGAAUGUGAGCGAAGUGGAGUUCGAGGAGGAGGUUGGGGGAAAGUUGACCAACGGUUCUGCUACUUCCCAGGGGAGUUCCGCCUCCAGGGAUUCUCUGUCGCUGGGGAUUCGCGAGCCAGUUUACGAGGUUGUAGAAGUCAGAUCUAACGGGAUGGUAUCUAGCCGGAAAAUUAACAGGCGACACUUGUUAAAAUCUAGUGGCCUCUGAGCUCGAGAUGUUAGGAGUGUUGAUCCAUCAUUGUGGUUGACAAAUACAGUGCCUGCAUUACUGAGAGGCUUCUUGAUUCGGCUAGGGAAAUGGAAGAUUAAAUUUCUGUUAACCUCAGGUUUGUUGCUAUUAUUAGGACCAAAGUAUUGCUUUUGAACAUUGUUGAGCCUAUAAAUGUGCAGUGAAGCACUUUUUUAAAGCAAUGUGUUUGCCAGGGAAUUAUCUUAUGAAACCCAACUGCAUAAGAAAAUGUAUCCUAACAGUUUAAGUUUCUGAUGGUGUUUAAGUGCUCUAUGUCAUUUCAGGUUAUUCUAUAUCUAUUUUAGCAAUUUUUGAAGUGUUUAUGGAUGAUGUUUUUCAAGCAAUAUAUGUCAUA